AUGGAUGAGAGUACUAAGAAUUCCCCUUGUAAGGAUUGUGACGGUGAUGCCGAGGGGCUGCAGUUGCACGCUGAAGUGGAACACUUGCGGCAACAUCUCUCGGAACGGGACAGUCACAUUGUAGCUCUUGAAGGGGAGUUCAUCAAGAGUAAUUCAAGGGCCAAUGAUUUAGAGGAACAAGUUAGCACCUGGCGGGAGAAGUAUGAAAGGUUAUAUGAUUCACAUAAGAGAGUGCAGAAAUUGAAUCAAGUCCUUGAAGAUAAGCUUCUGCAAAUGGUUGACAAGAUGAAAGGAGAGAAAAGCCAACUAACCAAAGAUAUUGCUACUUUAUCUGUGAGAUUAGCCGAGUCAAAGCAUAACUACAGCAUGUUGCAAAAGGAAAAUGAGAGAUACAAGAAUGAUAUGAAUUUGGCGAUUCAGCUGCUCCAGUGCAAACCGGAUAAUUUUGUUUCGCAGAAAUUGGAUAAUCUUCCUGUUGACACGCAGGCGCGAGUGUCUCAGUACGUCAUGUCCAAGACGUCGAAACCGUCGAGCUCAACUCAAUCCAAAAACGGUAAUGACAUUGAUACUUUUGAUGCCAGUGAAUAUGAAUUCAAUAUCUCAGCCUCUCUAAUGUCGAAAAUUCUCGAAGACAGCAUCCAAGACACUGUCACCAAACACUGUGAUACAUGCACCUGCAAUAAAUCUCAAAACAAACCAUUCUGCUACAAUGAGAGCUACUACUCAGUAGCCACACAAACCAUUUCAAGUGGAGAAAUGAAAAAUUCUCUCUGUCUCAACUGCAAUUCCGAUGUGAAAUCACUACAUUCCAACCUCAGUAUUAGAAGUAUUUCGCCACACCCGAUUAGAUUAAUCAAUGAAAAGUCUAUUAAUCAUGGAGUUGUUACUCCUUUGUACAUCCUGCCACAAAACACUGAACCAGUCAAAGACACUGCACCACCUGUAGUGCCAGCCAUUAUUGAGAGACCGAAAAAUAAUGGUAUCGUUAUUGAUACCAUCAAAGUCAAUGAAAAGAACGUAAUGGAACCAAUCGUCCAAGUAGACGCUAUGCCUAAGACAGAGGAUUUGAAAUCAUAUAGAAAAAAUAGUAGUGUGAGCAUGGAGCCCGCAGUGCACCACAAGCUAUGCGAUCGUACAAAGAGUUCGAUUUCAAGCAAGAAGAGUAGUAUUCAGAGUGCAGGAAAUGAUGAUUCGCUACUUACUAAGGAUUUAAUCAAUAAAGACAUACAAAACAAAGAUUUACUAAACAAGGAUUUACUGAACAAGGAUUUACUAAACAAGGAUUUAUUAAACAAGGACAUUCUUAACAAGGAUCUCCUAAACAAUAAAGAAGUUAAACCACUUAUUGAGAAAACUGGUGAUGAUAUCAGUCUAAGAAAGAAUUCACAUAGUUCGAUGGGCGCAGUUAGUCGGACGUCUUCCAUUGCUAAAUCCACAGUAAGUACACACAAAUCUAAUACUCAAGUGGGGCCUGGGCCUAGGUUCUGUCAUUUACGCAUGCAAGCAGGAUCUAAAAAUAUCCUCCUUGACAACGCAGAGCCUGAUGUGCCACCCGUCUUAUACAGGCGGCAAAGCAAAUGCAAUGAAAAUUCUAUAUUCAAAGAUCUCGCCGACGAUGUAGAUAAUUUUAUUGAUCUAGAUAAAACCGAAGAAACUGUAGAUAUUAAAGAGGAUAUCAAAAACGAUAACAUCGUCGUAGAGAGCACGCUUAUAGAUGUCCAUGUCGACAAUAACAGCAAAGACACUAGUGUCACCGCUAAAAACACAUCUAUUAACCCUAUCUUGCUGAAUGUUUCUUCUUCGCCUUUGCAACCUCUGAAGACGCACACGUUCUCUAACAGCUCAGAAAACAAUAACAACAAAUCCCAAAGUAUUGCUAGUCAACAAAACACAUCUGAAAUCGAUAAUUUACUUAACGAUUUCAAUGCUGAUAACAAUAACUCUCAAAUUAAUAACACUCAAACUAACGAUGGUGAGGAAACAAAAACAGUUGAUGUUUUUACACCGACUGAUAACCACGAUGUAAAAAUAUUCAACUUCGAUCGUUAUGAACAAAACAAAUUAACUAAUCAAUAUAAUAAACCUUUAAGGAAAAUCGACAUGUCGCAACUUCACUCACUCGAAAAUACUAAGAUUUCGAAAGACCUGCCACCUUUAGGUGACAUGCCAAAGAUGGAGAAAAAGCCAGAGGUUGCCAAACCACCAUUGCCUCCUAUUGUCAAUGUUUAUCCCAAUUUAACGCAAACGCAUUUGAAAGUAAACGAUAACAAAGUUUUUACAAAUGAGCAAAGUACUAGUUCUUUAUCAAGUGACGAUAGUGCUGCUUUACUGCAAAAGCAGCAACUGCUCAGAGUUGCAGAGUGGGUCGAAAAGAACUUGGAACAACAAAAUAACUUUAAUGAUCCAUUGGAGGAGGAUGUGAAUUUCACCAACAGAAAUCUAAGAAGAGACAGUAAGCUAUCAAGGUUAACAGAAACUUUAAACGAGUUGGCCUUGAAUAUGCCUCAUCCUGUGAGCAAGUAUUCGAAAUCGUAUGCCAGAGAGGGUCAUAACUCGUGGGUCCAUAACAACGUACUUCCGCAAAAUCCAGACAAAAUGGCGAAACACGCAAUUGGGGUGCCAAAACAUGCUGGUCAUGUUGCUAAAGAAACGAUAUUUCCAGUCGAAAGUGGAGAUGCAACGGUUACAGAGAUAAGUGACACCACGAAGAAUAGAGAAACUGUUGCAGAUUUAGUGGCCGAAGGUUUGAGAGCGAAAGGCAAUAAGGAGAUAACGCCGGAAGAUUUGGCGCGGAUGGAGUAUAAUGUGAAGAAAUUUUUACUGAGCGGUCCUCAUUGGGCGAACCCGGGGUCCGUGACUAGGAGUCGGCGCACAAGCAGUAAAACUGAGACUGAUGUAUAA